UUAUCGAUAAAUAUACCCAAGUCCAUAACUGAAAACACCAGUGAACCAGUGAAUUAGAUACGGAAGCCCGUUAAGCGAAAGCUUCCUCUAUUCCAUCCACAUCUAUUUGGACCGUCUAGACCUUGAGGUUUGCGCGGUAUUGGUAACAGCUGUUGUCACGUAUUGGUUUCAAGACGAAAUAAAAUUCCUCAGAAAACUGCACAUCAUGAAUUACGAUGGUUAUACUAAUAUUUACCACCCCAGUUCUCAGCAACCGGGAUACUACAACCCGUCCGAAAUGCAAUUCAGUCAAUUUUCAUAUGAAAAUGCAAAUUCAAUACCAUCCCAACCUAUCAAUCUUCCCUUCUCACAAGUACAAUAUUCCUCUGCUGCGAUGUAUGAAGGAAAAGAAGAGGAUUACGAAAAUGAACCACCUCUGUUGGAAGAACUUGGUAUCAACUUUAGUCACAUUGUACAAAAGACAUCAUCUGUCCUCCUUCCUUUUAAAGAAAGUUCUCAAGAAGUGCUUGACGAUACAGAUUUAGCCGGACCUUUGGUUUUCUGCCUGCUAUUUGGUUGUACCUUAAUGUUUGCUGGAAAAAUUCACUUCAAUUAUAUCUAUGGAUUAGGUGUAUUUGGUUGCUUGGGUAUUUACCUCCUGUUAUCAGUUAUGACACCUAGGGGAGUUACACCAACUUGUGUCAUUUCAACAUUAGGAUAUUGCCUACUUCCUAUGUGUCUUUUAUCUUCAUUUGGGAUUGUAUUUUCUCUUAAAAGUGUACUAGGUGUCGUGUUGACAGCGACUGUCGUUUCGUGGUGCACAAUUGCUUCCAGUAAAUUGUUUGUUCGUAGUUUGGAUAUGCAACACCAACGCAUUCUUGUGGCGUAUCCAUGCGCCUUAGUGUAUUGUGUAUUUGCACUCCUAGUUGUGUUUUGAUUCGCUUUCUGUUAUUUAAAUUAUUGGAUACAUAGCUGUCAGAUUUACUGAUGGAUAAACUUAUGAUGACCUGUAAUAUUUAUCAUGCGAAAAAGAUACAUUUUUUUCUAUUAAAACAUUCAUUAAAAAUGGAAUUAUGUUUGUUUAUGAAACACUGUUAGAAAUAUACUGGGUUUCACUUGGAAUUAUGUGCCAGUAUUAAUAAACUGAUAUUGUUUUUAUUUCAGGUUGGAGAAAUUUAGAAUGAUAUGCUCUUUACCGCAGUCACCAGAAAAAGUAAUCGCUCUUAAUCGACUUGAAAUGACAGAGAGUGGGAGAGCUUAUUUUCUUUCCCGAAAUAUUCGCACACGACUGUGAAUUUAUAGCUUCUCUUUAGGAUGCCCUACUCCCCCAUGCUAACGUAGCAGGUAUACGUAAUUUUAGUUGUGUAGUGGAUGCUACUCUCAAGGAUGUUUGCGAAUAAGGUGUAUCGGAACGUAGCGUCGAAUUCACAACCGUCAGGCAGUGAAGAGUUUCGGUGCAUCGAAAGUAUGACGUUUUGAAGGUUAGUCGAGAGGACAGUUCAGAUUGCAGAACACACUGGAAGGUGCAAAUGGACGAUUGAAUGCUAUCUAUACACACCAUGUAAUUGCUUCGUAACUUUCGCAAUAAAUAUACAUUUCUCCUGUUUAUUGUCCUGUUCUAUAGUUGAUCCAUAAGAUGGUACUAACUCUAUUAGGUUAAGCUAUUGAUUAAUAACAUUGAAGUAACCACUUUAGGUAACAAAAUUUCAACAAUUGACGAUAAAUGAAUGUUUAUUGUAAAUCAACAUAUUUGGUAUUGAUGAAAUAACAGUUCAUGGUGGUGGUUUUGUAGGUGACUAAUAAAAAAGGUGCACGGGAGAAAAGAUGUACCUCAAGAUGAGAAUAUAUUGCUGGUUGUUUUAAUGAGAUUAGAAAUGUUACAUAGGUUUCAUGAUUCGUCCCAAAGGGAAAUGAGUUUUUAAAAAGUGUUU